AUGGUCUUUGGCUGGUCCCAAAAUAUUCAACGGCGAUUACUCCUGUACGUCCUCCAGCAGAUAUCAUUAUUUUCUAAUCUAGAUUUGACAAACUUAGAUGUUUCACUUGGUACAAAUUCUGUUUUUACCUUUACUGAUAUCGAUCUAUCAGUUACGGAUAUUCAUAUUCCAUAUUUGAGAGUGAACUCCGGAUCAAUAGGCAAAUUAACUUUAAAACUUACUGUAAGUGGGGGACUGGAUAUAAAGGGGAGUGAUGUCUCUUUUGAUGUGACAUUACAAAAUAAAAAUGAUAGUAAUGACAAGGAAGGUAACGAUGAUACUGCAUUUCCUACUCUUUUAAUGAAAAGUAUGCAUGAUUUAACAACAUCUGUAAUGCAGGUCGGUAAAGAGACAAAUAUUAAUAUUGAUGUUGAGGAUCUGGGAGAUCUUAUUGAAGAAGCAGAAGAAAGUCGACCAGAAAGUAAACAGUCUCAACUGACAUCAACCCCUGAAAUUGAAGAAGAAAACUCGAAUAAAGAAUCCCAACCCACAAGAAUACAAAAUAUGAAAAAUAAGGUACUUGGAACUAUUUUAUCCAAACUUACACUAGAUUUAUCCAAUAUUACAGUAUCUAUCAAAGAGGAAAAAGAAAAUAAUUGUUUACAACUGUCCUUAAAGAAUGUCCAACUAUUAACAAUAGAACAAGGUAUUAGAAAUAUUAUUAUUAGUUCCUUACAAAUAUUCUAUUCUUCCACGGACAUGUGUCCUGAGCCUAACGAUAAUAUGGACGAAAGUAUGUAUUAUUCGAAGAUGGGAGGUACCUCAGUUUAUAUGAGUGCCUUAGAUAUACCUCAUACACAUGAUACAGAGAGUGAAAGUCAUAAUAGUGAUACUGAAGUUGGUGACCCAAUUGUGAAUUUAAAAGAUAUUAACAUAUCCUUUAAAGGGUUAACAUCAAUAGAUGACGUGAAAAUAACUGAUUUAAUGAUAGACAUACUUGAAAUUGAAAUCGAUGAAAGUAGUAUGGUGCGAAUGAACACAGAAUUUUUUUAUUUUAUAAUAGAGCUAAUUGACAAUAUCUCACAUGAAAAUCAAAUAAAUAAAAAUAAGAACAAUGCAGUAACUAUGGUCAGCAAAACUAAAGAUUCAGAAUCAUAUAAAAGAUUUCAAGAUGAACAACACAUCCUAAGCGCUAAUGAACUUUCAUAUAUUUGUAUUGGCAAAGUUUCAGCAAGCCUCUCAUUUGAUAUUAAACUAGAAAUCAAUAAACUAUAUGUGAAUCAAUUAGAAAAUAAAGAUUAUACAGUUGAUGUGAGUUCAAUCACUUUGAUCGGUGAUGGGAUAACAGUUUCUAAACAAUAUAGUCCUAUAAUCAAGGUUUUAUUAAAACAAAAAGAAAAUAUAAUUAAUAUUACAGAUGCAUUGAAUGUAUCAGUUGUUCCAGAAAAAUUAAACCAUGUGGUUAUGAUGAUUGAAGAAUUGACAUUAUUUAUAUCUAAGUUAAAAUUAAAAAGGGACAAUCUCUACUGCGACCAUAACUCAAAGAAAAAUCGAAACAAUACCCCAUUAUCAAUAUUUACCCAAGAUGUUUCAUUGUCACUUCUUCUCCCGGAAUAUAAAUUGACGAUUUUAUCAGACCCAAUAAAUUUCGAAUCAAAAUGUGGGACAACGGUGAUACCUAGUCUGAGACUUAUAAAACAUGACACCAAAAAAGUGACUGAAAUUUUAACUUUUCUAGAUAUUAAAUUCAAUCAAUAUAAAGAGAAAUUCGAAAGAUCUUCCUUCAAUGACAAAUUUGUUCCAGUUAUUCUAAGUUCAUAUAACAAGUGUGAGAUCAAGUCAAUAUCCAUAAAAGAGUCUAGAGAUGUUCUAGAGGACCUCUAUACCGAUAUCACCAAUACCCUCGAGUUUUCUUCAUCUUCCUCUUUCAAUGAAAUUUCACAAAUAAAUAAUAGAGUUAAGAAAACGAUUGCUCGAACCAACAACGCAAUGAAGAAAAGUGUCAGAAUAUUAAAUUCUUCUGGUAUUAUUUAUCGAAAAUCUAUCGUAGCGCUUGUAAUAAUUGACUGUGAAUCAAUAAAGUUUAGAAUCAACGAUUUUAUUAGUGGUACGACAUUCGGUUCAUUAAAAGGUAAAUUACAAAAUAACUUACUUACAUUCUUAGCUGAUUCAAAUGACAUAAUAUUUCAUACCGCUGGAAUUAACAUCGAUCGACUCGCCUCUGAAGACAAUACUACUCAGACGAUCGUUUCGCUAAUUAAACCAAUAGAUCUUCUGAAACCAACGAUAUAUUUACAAAUAAAAAGAGACAAUAAUUCGAAAUGUUAUAAAAUUCUUCUAAGGAAUUUGUCAUUACAUUAUUAUUCUAACUGGGUUUAUUUCUUGAAUAAACUUUCUCCUGGUAAGAGGGAAACUGUAGAUACCAAUCCCUCGGAGCUACUUCAUAACAAUACUACACAUCCUUUUGAAAUUGAAUUGAAGAUAUUCGAUUCAUCUGUAUUGAUACGUCCAUUUCGAAUAAAAGCUGGACUUUUAAUAUUGAUAGAUCAGUAUACUAGUAAUAUUUCUGCCGUAAAAAGAGAAUUAAAUGGUGUUGCCAAAACUCUCUCUGUUCUACUGAUAGAUGAUUUAAAGAGUUGUAAAUUUCAGGAUUUCGAAAAUAAAAAUAAAUCGUUAAUAUCCUAUUACUCACAGCUUGGCUUCUCAGUUGUUGGAAAGAUUAAUAUAUUAAAAUUAACUUGUACAUUUCUUAAAAAUGAUCCACAGUUAACGUUAAUUCCAGAAGAAAUCGAAUUAUCUCUUUGUGCAGAUUCUCUUCACAGUUUAGUUCAAUUAUUGAUAGAUCUCAAGUUACCCGAGACUUUCCCCGAUAGUUUAAAAUUUAAACCAGAAUUGAUAUCACUUAUCGACACCUUUAAAGACAUAAAUUUUGAAUAUUUAAUUGGAAAUGUCACUAAUAUCGAAGAUUCAGUUACGUCUUACAUUUCUUCUUCUGUUGGCAUAGUAGAUAAUUUUUUAGAUAAUUCAAAACAGAUACAAUCAUCAACAGAAUUAGCAUCAAUUCAAACAGAAUCUACAAAUACAACAGGAAUAAAUAUCGAAAGUUUGCACCUAGACGAAAGCUACAUUGACAGUAAACGUCCAAUAGGUUAUAUAUUAAAAGAAAAUGCUCGUGAUGCGAAAUAUGAGCAAGAUAUAGUAGGUAAGAAUGAAACUAAUAUUAAAAUCAAUGUAACUUUCAAAGUGAAGAAGAUCGAAAUUAAGCUAUAUGAUGGUUUCGAUUGGAAAUAUUCAAGAAAGAUUAUUAAUGAUACUAUGGUGAAUCUGAAGCAUGGGACAGUUAGUAAUGGCAUUCAAAAAAUUGAAAAUGAUAUUAAUAUUGGAAGACCAGCAAAUAUUAUGACAGGGACAUCUAUAUUUGAAUCUAUUUAUGUAACACCAGAGACCAAACAACUACCUUCACUUCCUUAUAAUGGGCAUGAUAAACUAUCGGAUAUUACUGAAGCUGCAAGUGCAUUUAAGGUGAAUCUGCGACCCUCCAAGAAUUAUCAAGUACUAAUACAAAUUUUAAAUUUAGAUAUUAAUUUUACUAGUUUUGAUGUAGAGGAACCUUCCAAGGAAGAAUCCCAAGACAACUCCGAUAUAUUAAAUAAAAUAUCGUUAAGUGUUGAUAAAUUUGAAAUUAUUGAUAAUGUCGCCACUUCGUCAUGGAACAAGUUUAUUUCAGAGUUACACGGAAGUCCUGGCUCUGAUAUAUCCAAAAUGUUUAAAAUGGAUCUAUUGAUAUCCAGACCUAUUGAUUACUUGAAAUCUAUUGAUUAUAAUCUCGAUAUAUAUAUAUCACCUUUAAGAUUACAUAUUGAUCAGGACACGUUAGACUUUAUUACCAGAGUAUUUGAAUUCAAAGACCCUAGAUUUGAAUUAAUUGAUGAAUAUCCAGAGGUAUCCUUUAUUGAUAAACUACAUUUAAAUCCCGUCCAUUUAUGUUUAGAUUACAAACCCAAAACUGUAGAUUACACAAGUUUAAGAUCAGGUCACUCUAGUGAAUUUAUGAAUUUUUUUGUGUUAGAUGGAGCUAAAAUUAUAUUGAAGGAAGUUUGCUUCUAUGGUAUUAAUGGAUUUGAAACUAUUAAUACGAAAUUGAAAGAUUUCUGGACCCCUGAUAUCGUAAAGAGACAACUUGGUGGUGUAGUUGGUGGUCUUGCUCCUAUCAAAUCAUUUUUUACAUUGGGAUCUGAUGUAAAGACCUUUGUCACUGUAUUAAUGUCAGAUUAUAGGAGUGGAGAGCAUAUGUCUACGAGUCUGAAGAAGAAUGGGAACGUUUUUAUCAAGACUACCACAGGAGAUUUUAUCAAAUUAGGUGUUAAACUUUCUAGUGGGACGCAGGCCAUAUUGGAAUCUACAGAAGAAAGACUCGGAGGUCAAGGUAUGAGUUCAAGAAGAUCAAAAUUAGAUCAAGAAACAAUGGAACAAUUAAGCCAUUCCGUAUUAGAUUAUAGGAAAUUGGUUGAUGAAGAUCAAUUAGUUGGAGGAACAAAUCCACGUAUUCAUUCACAUGAACCUGCUGCGAUUAUUAUCGAACCCUCUGCAUAUCCAGGUGGAGACCCCAAGAUCAUUAGUCUUUAUGCUGACCAACCAUUAGAUAUUCAUCAAGGACUUGAAGAAGCAUAUCAUUCUUUGGAGAAACAUUUUAAUAUUGCAUAUGAUGCUGUAUGGAAGACACAAACAUCUGAGACUAACUAUAGUGAGGAAACACCAACAAUUGGUGCAAAAGCUGCUGCUGUGAGUGUUAUGAAAGCUGCACCAAUUGCCAUUAUUAGACCAUUGAUUGGAGUCACUGAAGCAUUAUCAAAGACGUUUCAAGGAAUAUCGAAUCAAGUUGAUAAACGAAAUAUACAAGAGAUGAAAGAUAAGUAUAAAUCUAAAAGUGAUCGAAAUAGAUAA